GCGAACGGGCAGACCGGCCCGGGAAUGUGUUCUCGCGGCGGGCGCGCUCCCGGCGGCGUCGGGUUCGGAGGCGGCCUGUGGGGAGGGGCGUCCCGGCGGGCGGGCGCCGCGCUCGCGGAGGCUCCGCGGGGGGGCGGCCGGGCGAGCCCUGGACCGGGAGCCAGGCCGGAGGGGAGGGACUGCACCCGGGGUCCCGGGCGGUGGGCCGUCCCGCCUCGUGAGCGCCGCAGGGUCCACAGCCCUGUCAGCGCGGUGACUGCUGUCCCCGGGGCUGCCCCGCUCCGGGUGCGGGGAGACAGUCAGUAUGGCGGGGAGCAUGUACGGUCUGGACGAACGCCACGUCCUACAACAGGCAGGGAAAACCCCAGAAGAUGGGAUUGGAGCUCGUGCAUCGCUGCCGCCGAGUAACUUUAGUGAUACAGACGUAGGAAGUGGUACUCGGGACCCGGCUGUGCCGUUGACGGGCGUGGCCAAGCCGUCCUUGGUUACCUGUGUCCAUAGUUUUUGGGUGAAUGCGCUGAAAGGACGAAGUAAGACUUGGGAGGUGAAUGUUGAGCAAACAGGAGAGGGUGGAAAGGAAAGAGCAGGGUAUUUAGGGAACAGUGACUAGAACUCUGUCUGAGCCUUUGUAGGAAUCCCAGUUUUGCGGAUGAUAAAAUGGGAUGAAGCCGUGGGGAGGAACAGGAUGUUCAUAAUAACAGGAAAGUUGGUGAUAAAUGGUUUCCAAGUUACCUCAUUUGCAAUUUCUCAUUUCAGCUGUUGCAUAAAAGAUUAAAAUAGGGUAAAAUGGAAUAGUGGAAAGAGGGAUGAAUUGUUUGUCAGGAGAUGUCAGUUCUAGUUUUAUGGCUUUCAGCAAAUUAGGAUCUCACUUGGCCUUAAGUUUAUUUUUUUCAAAAAUAAUUACAAAGAUUUAUGAACACCUACCUACAAUGUGACAGAUUCUUUGUAGGGUUUAUGGGAGAAACAAAGCUGUAUUAAGCAUGGGUCUUGCACCAAAAGAGCUGCUGAUUAUUAAGCUAUAUUUAUAGGUAAUUUGGAAGGUAAAUUUUAACAUAGUUCUUGGUUUUUACUUGACUUCAAUACCCUUAGGAAGCUUCAUAGUUUUCUUACAAAUUUUUCUUCUGGAUUGGCAGGUAAAUUCUACACAUCUGUCAACAUGAUACAUCCAUCUGCAGUCCUGUUAAAAUCAUUUUAACUUAAUGUAAGGAGGCUUAUAAAAGUAACAUGAGGAAAAAAAUCUAAAAUAAACCAUUUCAAUCACACACUUGUUCUCAUUUCAUUUAUCACGACAGCUUCACUUUUUAAUGCUUCCUGUGAAAUUGGGAAAUUGUGAGAGAUUCUGAGGCAUCCUGUUUUAAGUGCUCAUUUACAAAUCCUUGAAAACAUUUAGUAUAUGACUAAAUACUGUUGUUCGUAUUUGUGAUACAUCCUGCAGUGACCUUUGGUGGCAGUAUGAAGGGGCAUUUAUGUGGUGAAGUGCACACUACAUGCAGUGAAACUGCUCGUGUGCGAAUUUUGGCACCAUUGCUCACUGGCUGUGUGACCUCAACCAAGCUUUUGAACGCUGUCUGCCUCAGUUUCUACAUUUGUGCAGUAGAGAUUAUACUAGUAAUUUUUAGGUAUUUUCGUGUUCAUUGUUUGACUUGAUUCUCAUAAUGACUUCUCUCAUUUUACAGAUAAAACUGAAGGCCCAGCGACGUGAAGAGGCUUCCAACCUCUAAAAUGCAGGUCUCUGGCUCCAGGUCUGUACACUUGAGUGAAUGGCAGAAGAAUUACUUUGCAAUUACGUCUGGCACGUGUCCAUCAGGAGAGAAGGCAGACGCGUACCGAGCACAGAUUCUCCGCAUUCAGUAUGCAUGGGCAAACUCUGAGAUCUCCCAGGUCUGUGCUGCCAGACUGUUCCGAAUAUAUGCAGAGAAAUAUUCUGCAGUUAUUGAUUCUGACAGUGUUGAAACUGGCUUGAAUAACUAUGCAGAAAACAUUUUAACUCUAGCAAGAUCUCGGCAAACUGACAGUGACAAGUGGAAGUCUGGAUUGUCAAUAAAUAACGUGUUCCAAAUGAGUAAUGUGCAGGAAAUGAUGCACGCUGGCAGCAAAUCCAGAGACUCUCUGUUGGCACCUGCAGAUGAGUCAGUAGUCAUCCACAGAGCGGCCGCUGUCUUUGAUCUUCCUAAAUUUAGUGUUUGUGAUGGUUCUGGGGAGAGUGACCCAUUAACUAACUCAGCCCAUGGUGCCGAUAGGACCAAAGACUUCCCAGAGGGCAGGCCUUUGAAGUGCCUUCAGAAUGCCCAGCCACCUCUGGUCACUGACACCACUAAGACGUGUCCUACGGUCUCAGGACCUUUCGGUGAGUCAGCCACCGCAAAAUUCCAUGCCACACCAUUGUUUGGAAAUGUCAAAAAGGAAAAUUACAACUUCCCGAAAGCCAACCCAGGACUAAGUGUGUUCUCAUCUAAUCAGUCUUGUUUUCCUUCUGGCUUUGAAAAUCCACGGGGAAUGAAAGCUUUUUAUGGUUCUGGCACCAUUGAUGCACUUUCCACUCCAGUAAUGAAUAAGGCUUUUAGUAAAACGGAAGAUAAUGGCCAAAGAGAGGAGAGCGGCCUGCCUACUUUUAAAACUGCAAAAGAACAGCUAUGGGUAGAUCAGCAGAAAAAGUACCACCAGCCCCAGCGUGCAUCAGGGUCUUCACAUGGUAGUGUCAAAAAGUCUCUGGGAGCUAGUAGAUCCCGAGGGAUAUUUGGAAAGUUUGUUCCCCCUGUACCUAAGCAAGAUGGGGGAGGUCAGGGCGGGGGGACACAGUAUAAGCCUCAUGGCGCAGGAGCUGCAGACCCAGCACAUCCCGUGGAUGAGCGUCUGAAGAACUUGGAGCCCAAAAUGAUUGAACUUAUUAUGAAUGAGAUUAUGGACCAGGGACCGCCAGUAAAUUGGGAAGAUAUUGCAGGAGUGGAAUUUGCCAAAACCACAAUAAAGGAGAUAGUUGUGUGGCCCAUGAUGCGGCCAGACAUCUUCACUGGCUUACGAGGACCCCCUAAAGGAAUUCUGCUCUUUGGUCCUCCUGGGACUGGUAAAACUCUGAUUGGCAAGUGCAUCGCUAGUCAGUCUGGGGCAACAUUCUUUAGUAUCUCUGCUUCCUCCUUGACUUCUAAGUGGGUGGGCGAGGGAGAGAAAAUGGUCCGUGCAUUGUUUGCUGUUGCGCGAUGCCAGCAACCAGCUGUGAUAUUUAUUGAUGAAAUCGAUUCCCUAUUAUCUCAGCGGGGAGAUGGCGAGCAUGAAUCUUCUAGAAGGAUAAAAACUGAAUUUCUAGUUCAGCUGGAUGGAGCAGCCACAUCUUCUGAAGAUCGUAUUCUAGUGGUAGGAGCAACCAAUCGGCCACAGGAGAUUGACGAGGCUGCCCGUAGAAGGUUGGUGAAAAGGCUGUAUAUUCCCCUCCCAGAGGCUUCAGCCAGGAAACAGAUAGUCAUUAAUCUGAUGUCAGAGGAGCACUGCUGCCUCAGCGAGGAGGAGGUUGACCUGGUGGUGCGGCACUCUGGUGGGUUCUCGGGGGCUGACAUGACGCAGCUCUGCAGGGAGGCGUCUCUGGGUCCUAUUCGCAGUUUACAGGCUGCCGACAUUGCCACGGUAACGCCGGAUCAAGUUCGACCAAUAGCUUACAGUGACUUUGAAGAUGCCUUCAGAACUGUGCGACCUAGUGUGUCUCCAGAAGAUUUGGAGCUUUAUGAAAACUGGAACAGGACUUUUGGUUGUGGAAAGUAAAUGGGACGCUUCAAAUUAAAAGAUGGCAUUUUUGUAGCCCAGUCUUCCAUUUUUUUAGCAUAGGAAAUUGAUUAAGUGUACAUCAAAGGUAUAUUCCGAAUUCUGUACCUCAAAUAAAAUAGAAUAACAGUAGCUCAACUUUUACAACUGAUUGACUUAGACUAUGUUAAUAUAAGCUCAAUUUUCCUUCCAGUCACCACCUGAUACGUAAGCCUAUUCAUGUGAAAUGGGAAUGUAUUUUUUUGUUUUGUUCCUAAGAGGUCUUUUCAAGAUGUAUAGGAUGAACAGUGAACUCAAAUUGAAACCGAAAAUCUGAUUUGUAUAUGAGGAUGUAUCUGACUUACAUGUAUCUUUUAUUGAAGAAAGUUUCUUCUGAGGAUCACAUAAUUCUUAGUAUUGGCUAGUACAGUGGUUUGCAUUUGAAACUGAGUGUUGCUUAGUGUUGUUUAAUAGAUUUAAAAUCUCAACCAAAGCUAAAGUGAAAGUGCCCGUUUUUACUUUGUCCUGGCUUGUAACUGCUUAUGGUUUUCUUUCCUUCCCAAGACUAAUUAAUCAGAACAUGUUCAGAAAUAGCAAAGUGUAAUCUAACAUCAGAGACAGGUCCGCAGAACUGAAAGGGGAAGAAUGUUGUGUUUCUCCAGGGGGUGGGUGAUGUUUGAAAGUAGUAUUUUAUUUGGCACUACUUUACAACCUGUAGGGUUGGUCUCUUUCAAAAAUAAAUGUUUUCAGGUUUUAAAAACGGACUGUUUUGUUUUCCAAAUAGUGCAUGUUCUAUGUAGAAACAUUGGAAAAUAGAGGUGAACAAAAGGAAGAAAAUAAAAGUCAGUUACCCUACCACUUUGAGGAACACAGUGUUAACAUUUCAGCAUCACUUCUUCCAGAUGUUUUAUACAGGAGUGGGGUUAUGCUACGCAUUUUCGUUUGCAGCUGUUUUCUUUAAAGUCCCUCAUCAUCAUCUUCCACAUUGACGUACUUCUGCAUCUUCCCGUACGUGAGUGCCUGGGAUUCCGUGAUAUGAGGGGGCCUAUAAUUUAGUCAGCAUUCAGGGCAGUUCCUUAGGUUCACCUUUUGUAUAUAGUAAAUAAAAUAUGUUAAAUGCC